AUGCCUCAAUUCCGGAAUCUUACUAAGAAACACAUUGCCGCAAUUUGUGGAUCUGUCAUGCGAAAAAAAACCCAAGUCAAAAGCUCUAAUUUUGGCAUCGACGAUCACCAAAAAUUUUUAAAGGACAAACGCUCACCCCAUUCGCGUCUCAUUCGCAGUCUGACCAUAACCGAAUUAAGUCAACCCAACCUCAUUUUUCGUGCUCAGGAGCGUCGUUCAUUGCAAUUUUGGAAUAUAUCCCACCAGGCUUGGCAAGAUGCCUUUGCAAAGCCUCUAGAAGAAGAAAAGCACGACCGCGUGUCCUCCUUCCUAGAUAGGCUGUGGAUUCGUGCUGUAAGUCUGUGCGAUCAAACCAACAAUUCCACAACUGAACUGCCCGCGCGCACGCAGUCCUCCGUGGCAUCAAUUACUGCAUCCAAUACGCUGGAAGUUAUACCCUCGUGUCAAACGUUGGCGGACGCUAAUGGCGACGUGACGAAGGCUGAGACUGCUUCCUGCCACGAGGAAACAGCGUCUGUUCAUACAAACAUCGAGACAUCCGAAAUGGUACCCGAAGACGGAACAAUGGUAGAAAGUACAACUGAUGCGUAUUAUGCAAAUGCAGUGAACGAAACGCCAAAAUACGAUGCGCUCGAGUCUACAACAUCCGAAAUGGACUCAUUCGAAGAUCUCGUUGAAACUUCUGACGCGGAUAAGACGGAACCUUUUGCUGCUGCGCACGGAUUAAACAGCUCCUCCGAAGAAGAUACCACUACCGCACCGAAGUCGAUGGAUUCUGAACCGAAGGCUACCCUCGAAGUCCCGUCAUCAUCUAAAGUUUCAUCUAUCGCCGUAGAAGUCGCAACAGAGGCUACUACAGUACCAGCUUUUUGCAUCGUCUGUGCUUCCUUGAACAACCUUUACGCCGUUACUUUGGGUCCGGUCAACCGAAGCGACUUGCAGCUAUCUAAGGACACACCGGCAGACAGCAAAACCAAAUUGAGCAAGCCGCAAGUGCUGCUCUGUCAGAAAUGCGCUUUACGCUGUCGAAUGUCGGCCGUCAAAGUUGCCUCUUCUGCCAAGACUAGAACGACAGAUGCCUUAGGUGAAUGGUUUCGCAGGCGCAACCAGGAUGGCGAAGUUUCUCUGGGCUGUGAAACGGAGCCGAUUUGCCCAGCAACACAAGUUCCCUCUCCAGACUCUUGUGACACCUGUUUUCUGGCAGAACUUCUUAGCUACUUCCAGAGGGUUCUGUUGCCGCUGCAAGAUCAGCUCACGGAGUCCUCGACACCGGACGAUUGCCCAGCUGUCGAACCGUUAGGCUCUCUCCUCUUUCUCGCAUGCACGACUCGUCCAGUCAAACCAGAGGAGAAAUCGAACUGGGAUCUAUUUAACAGGUAUUACUAA